AUGUCUUUAGUGGAUACCAUUCCUUCGAUAAUUGUUGUAACAGUUAGUAGCAUAUUAUUAAUUUUACAAACUAUUCACAAUCGAAAAAAGUAUGUUGAAAUACCAUCAGACGAGGUUUCUGAUAAUAUAAUCACUAGUGCGCGCUUCUCAACUGUAAAAAGAGAUGUCGUCAAACUUGGGAUUACGAUACUGCAGGCUGGAUU